AUGUUGUCAAUCAUAUACCUUUUUCUUCUUCUGCUUCCUGCUGUUCGUUUAACCUUGGCAGAUCAAUGGUAUUCGAAAUCUCAAUGUACUCAAAAAGAAUUUGCAAAUCAUAUGGAUAUCAAUUGUAAUCCGAAUGAAUUAAUUCUCAUCGGUUGGUCGCAUUAUGGGACAAAGAAGUCUCCCGAACGAACGAAUCCAUCGACGAAAUGCGAACCAUCGGAAAAUGAUUGUAUUAUGGAUUAUACGCACAAGAUAGCUGAACUUUGUAAUGGCGUAUCGAAAUGUGAAGUCGUUCUAACGCAGCAAUUCAUACAUAAAUGUUCUGACGAAGCGACGUAUCUUUACAUUUCGUACCAAUGUAUUAAAAAUUCAACAAUUGUGGAUGUGUGUUCGAAACGAAGUUUGACAUCGACGAAUGGUGUAAACUUAAUUAGUCCAAUGUUUCCGAAUGAGUAUCCAAAUAAUGUGAAUUGUACUUGUGCAAUUGAAUCGAAAAAGAAAACAAAUAUCGUCAUUGAUGUUGAGAAUCUUUCGUUUAAUUUGCAAGAUAACGAUCGAUUAGCCUCGUUUUCAGGAACGAUUCCAUUCGGUGCAUCAUUAUUAACAUCAAAAUCUCCGCUUUCGUUAAAUUUUCAAACUGAUGAAACUCUAAGUCAGUCAGGCUUUUGGAUUCGUUUACACGGCUAUCAACAAUGUAACGAUGAUGAGUACGUUCUCGGCUCGAAGUGUAUCAAGAUAUUCUCAGAUAAACAAACAUGGACACUUGCUCAUAACAAAUGCCGGUCAAUUCGAUCGAAAUUGAUUCAUUUGCAUGAUAUUAUCCAAGAAAAGAAACUGACAUAUUUCCUAUCAACAAACCAACAGUAUCCAACUUCAUUCUGGAUAGCGGAAGAGAAAGAAAACUAUAUUGUACAUUCAUGGUGGCCAUGGCGAUCAUCGUCGAACGUAGGAAAAUGCAUACUACGGACUUCUGAUGGCUGGAUGAAACGUCCGUGUACGGAAGAACAAGCAUUUAUUUGUGAACGAGAUAUCAGUCGCCAAUCAUUACCUUUAAUUAUUCGCUGUGGAAAUCCACUAUCAACCACAAUCUCAUCGACGACAUUUUCGACUACAACUGCGAUUAUCUAUUCCCAUUCGACAACUCCAUCCGAACAACGAGAGAUAUAUACUCAACCAAAGAGUAGUACUGAAUCAACAUCGACUGCAUUGAUUGAUAAAUCACGAAGACCAGUGAAUAUAAUCGAUUCAAGCAUUCUUGCCGCCAUUAUCGGAGGGAUAUGUGUGGUUGUCCUAUCUGUUAACAUCGUUGUCUGUUAUAUCUGCAAAAAACGUCUUCAACGUAAAUCACAAUGUAAAACUCAGAAUGAUUCGAAUUCUUCUUUUACACAUGAAGAAUUACAUCGUAGUUUAAUGCAACAUUUAUACCAUGAACAAACGAAUACGAUUUCAUCUACAUCAACAUCAUCCUGCUCUUCCAAACAAUCACAAUCGAAAUCAAAUGACACAACGACAACGAUAUCUUCACCUCCGCAUCUGCCGAAUUCGUCGCAAAUAAACCCAAAUUCAGCUAUAUUAUGUUAUCAUACACCUCAGAUUCGCAAUGAUACAAUCGAUUAUCAUGUUUACGAAACUAUACCACCAUCCGAAACAUCGACCUACACGAUUCGCACUCCUCAUAGUGCAUUUCAGCCAGUUCUUCAAUCGAAUACACAUACCAUUCGUCCUUAUCAUCCUCGUACCAACAUAUUUCAUCACUCUGAUCCCUCGAAACCAUCGUACGAAUCAGCAUCAUCCAAUCCGCCGGUCGUCGUACCGAUCUGUUGCCACCACUAUUCAUCUCAAUGUCCAACAGGCACACUAAGGCGACAUGUAUUACCAUCGUCAGCAGAAGUGUAUUCUCGCACGGAGAGUAUUGUGUGA